GUCGUUGAUGCUGUCAGCAGAGGCUUGGGAGAGGCCUCCACCCAAGCUCCUGGGGGACCUUGCCCGGCUGAGCCGGGGCCCAGGGUCAGGAAGCGCAGGAGUUCAGGGGGUCAUAGGUGAUCAGCGCAGCCCAGAGACACUGUCCGCACUGCAGUGGUGAGGACGCCACUGAAGCCCUGAGCUCUAGGGACAGAGAGUGGACGCGCCCUCUGUGGGCUGUGGCCAGGGGAUGUCACAGGGCAGUGUGGAUGGCAGUUGUGCCAUCACGGAGAGAUCCAUCUGCCCCUCCUGCCCCUCUGAGUAGCAAAAUAUGACAGAUGAGCAAAGCCACCACAACUGUACAGGGUCAGAGUGUGAAGUGCUGUCACGGGAGGAAGAAGUGGCCACACGCGGGGUCUCUGGCCCCUGGGAAGGCUGAGCUGAGCCUCUGCCUCCUGAGAGCUGCUCCCCUUCUAGAUUGAGCCCCCACUGAUGUCAACUGUGUUUUGCCAGUUCUACCAGUCACACUUGAGCUUGGGCCUCCUGCCCAUUCUAGUAGCACAGGCUCAGCUGCCACUUGAAUGCACCUGUCGCUGUCCAGGUGGCAUCUGCAGCUCCUGCAACAUGAAAACCUCAUCUUGUUCUGCCCUCGCAUGUGGAAUUAGAUUCUUCUCAGCUCAGGUCUCAAACCACCAGAAUGGGAUUUCCCAAUUCCAGAGUUUAAUCUCAUCUAGUGCAAGUUAUUUGCAGCAUUAUCUAAUAUCUUCAUGGAUGCUAAGAACAGCACCACUGUGUGUGUGAGUGUGUGUGUGUGUGUGUGUGUGUAAAUAUAUUCACUUUCUUAUAUUUACAUUAAUAUAUUUACAUUACAGUUACCAUUCUUGGCCAAACCUGAAGGAUGUGUUUGCAGGUGAUGAGGUUGCUCCCUUUUCCGCCUCCUGCUGGCCUGUGUGUGGUGACACCUCAGAGUCCAGUGGGAGAAAGUACUCAGGGGUCAGUGGGGACACGUUUAAACAAGGGUCAUGACAGACAGACACUCGCUGACUAAAACCAGGUAGCACAGAUAUGCAUCAUUUGACCUUUGGUUGUUGGGAGUUUAUGUCGGUGCUGCUAAAUGUAGUUUUUAAUAAAGAGCUUCACAUUUAUGUCAUUGAGUCUGGAGUACAAUAGGUGUGUGCAGUAGUCUUAACUAUGAUUCUUGGCUGGAAUUCUGGUUAAUGGUAGAUUUCUUUUUUUAAUUUGAUAGAAUGAUAGAAUUUUGAUAGAAUGUGUAUGACUUAUAAUCUAAUUUUAGUCACUCUCCUAUCACUGUGCAGCUGUUUCAUUUUAUAAACCUUUGCACUCUGGAAAGCAGCCGUGGCAGGUCUCCUGCCCACAGUGACUCUUCAGGUGCUUCUUUUUCUCCCUUUCCUAGUAAACCUGCUCCUUUAAAUUGUAAAAUAAAGUCUCAUUUUAGCUGUUUUUGCAUGUAGUGUUCUUUGGCAUGUAGUAUCUUUACGGUGUUGUACAGCUGUCCCCACCUUGGUGUGCAGAUGUCUCUUCCUGUCCAUGCUAUCCCUGCUGUUGGUGAACAGCCCAGGGGGGUUGGGUCCUACUGUCGUUCCGUAUUCCCUUUCCCCAAGAAUCACCUUCGUUCCUGUUGUCCUUCCCGGCUGCAUCAUUUAUGUUUGCUCCAACAGUGCACAAGGCUUCCGGGUCUCAAUUUUUGCCCAUACUUGUUCUUUUCUUUUUUUUUAAAAUAAUUUCCAUCCUAGGGGAUGUAAAAUCCCAUCUCUCAUACUUUUGAUUUCUUUUUCCUAGUGACUGGUAGUAUUGAGUGUUUUCAUGUUGAGUAUCUGAUUUGCAGAAUUAUGUAUUCCAUUCCUUUGCUCAUUUCUGAUGGACUAUUUUAUGGGUGUUUGUUUUUUGUGAAAGAUUCUGUCUGCCUACCCCCAGGCAGGCAGGAAAGCUGUUGACAGUGUGGUUUCCUCUUCCAUUCAGCACCGAACUCUGUGCAGAUGGCCCUAAUCUGGUGGUGGUCUGUCUGGUAACCUCAGCAUAUUAAUAUCCUACUUUGUUGCGUUCCUGUUUUACAGGUUCCUCCAGCAGUCUCCAAUAUGAGGCUUUCUCACCAUGCUGGAGUUGCAGUGCACUAGUUCACAGAGUGUCUGUGGGCCUUAAACGCCAUCAUUUGCACUGUUUUCUUACAUAUGUAUAUUUGCACAUUGGUUCUGUGCACAUUAUUGUCUCCUUUUUGUUAAUGUUUUUUUCUUUAAUCAACAUUUCUUUUUAAAGAAUUAGGAGAGGAAACACGUCUGUGGAGUCUUCUGUACAAUUACCCACAUAGGUACCAUUUCCAGUGAGCCUGAUUUUUUUCUUUGGAUCCAAGUAGCCAUCUCGUGUGCUUCUUUCAGCCUGCAGGGCGUCCCCUCCCGCUGCGGUCUGCUGCUUCUGCAUUACCUUAGCUUUUGUGUCUCUGCAAUGUCUUUACUUCUCCUUUGUUUUCUGUUCAUCUAGUUUUACCCAGUUUGAGAUGGUGGGUUGAAGGAUGUUUCAGCACUUUCAAGGUAUCUUCCCCUUCUGAGGAGAAGUCAUCCAUCAUUCAUAUGUGGUUGUAUCAUCUGCUGUCAUUUUUCUGACUGCUCCGAAGAUCUUGUCUUAUCCUUGGACAGUGGCUGUUUGUGAAGGGCCUGGACUGGUUUUCUUUACUGUGACCUGAUUACAGAUCAUUAAGUUUAUUCGAUUUGUGUUUUUUCCUUUUCUCCGGCUCAGACUCUGUCCUUGGUUCUGUUAAAUGCGUUGCUUGCUGUUUGGUGCUCUUAUCAGUCAUGUACGCAAGUUCCUGUACACGUCAAUACUUGGAUGUGUUAUUUCUGUAGUGUGCUUAUUGGAUUUUCCUUUCUAGAGUAGCGUCAAUGUGAUUUUCAUUAGUUUUCUGUGGAUGAAUUAUAACUAGUUACGACCAUUUUUUACUUAACAUUUUCUUUUUUCUGUUGUGUAGAGUUACCCUAAUCCACUGAGAAUAAGGGAAAACUGAGCAUCUUUGUUACUCCUUGUCUCACUGUGAAUGUUGAUGUCAUCUGUGGCCAUCAAGGACGUUGAAUUGUAUUAAGGAGAAAUCCUCUGAAUCCUUAUUUUAGUCAUUGCAAAUGGAAGGUGUUUGUAUGGGGUCUUACUAUAUAUGUGGAUGUUCAUAGGAUUUUCUGCACAGGAAUGUGAUGUGAUAUGAUGGAAUACAUUAACAGUUUUCUUAAGAUUUUUGUUUCCUUAUACUUAGUGUCAUCUUUUCCGAAAGCCUUUCAUUGCUAUGAUCUGUUUUUUCUUCCUCCAAUAGAAAUAUUGGUCUCUACCAGUUUUUUUCCUCUUCUUUUAAUGCCUAUUGUUCUGGUCGACCAUAUUAUUCCCUAUGAUGUUGAAAACUACCCAUAAUAUACUGGAGAUUUGCAAAUUUAUGUUUUUUUUUUUUUUUUUUGGUAAAGAUUUAUUUUAUUUAUUUUUGCACAUAGAGCUAGGGUGCAAACCAGAAGCGCAGGGGGUGAGAGGAUUCCCCAGAGACACAGUGGGGAGAAGAACAGGCAGAUUGACUGAAAUCCAUUGCUGAGGGGAGCAGCGGGGAUAGAGGAGAGGUCUGCUGUGCCCUGUGUGUCAGCUCCCUGGCUGGGGAUGGAACUCAUCCUGCCUUGGCUGCCGAUAGCUUCAUAGUGCUGAGACUUAACCCCUUGAGCCACCAGGAAGGCCCUGAUUCCCAAAUUUCUAUCUUCAGCUUAGAGCUCUUGAUGUAUAAAACACGUGUCCAGUUGAGUAUGGAACACCAGUAUCUACCAGCUGGUCAUGCAGACAGCAUACUAGGAAAAUAUUCCUGUACCUUUAGCCACCAAGUUAUUAGCAAGUUCUCCUCCCCUUUCCUCCUCUGUUUCAGAAGUGAUGCCCUGUCUUGUAUUCUUAUGGCUCUGUCUGUUGAACAUCUCUUACCUCUGUUUAUAUCCCUCUCAUUGUUUGCACAUCUGGUUUAGGGUCUAGGUUUUGUUUACUCUGAGUUGGAGAUUCCAGGCUUUGAAAUCACAGGAAUAAAAUAUCAACCCCAAUUUUUACAUGCUUUUCUUGUUAUGAAGAGUAUGAUCACAUAAUAUUCUAUAGUGGUGAAUUUUUUUUUAAAAGAUUUAUUUAUUUAUUUAUACAAGCUCUGGGUAUAAUCAGAAGUGCAGGAGGGUGAAAGGAUUCACCAGAGCCAGAGCAGGGAACAGAACAGGCAGACUGACAAAACACACUGCUGAGGGGAGCAAUGGGCAGCAGGAGAGGUCUGUGUGCCAUGUGGAACCCUCGCUGGUGGCCAGGGAUCAAACUGGCGCUUCAGAGGCUGUGGGCAGCUUCGCAGCCCAGUGCUCAACCGCUGCGCCACCAGGGGAGACCCCUCUAUAGUGGUGAAUUAAGCUCACAUAUCCCACAGUUCAUGAAGCUGACUGGCUUCAGUUCCAGAAUACUUUUACUGUCAUUCUCACCUCACUGCCAGGGAUGCUGCCUGAUCUCCAGUUCAGUUACCAUGGAAGAGCUAAGUGUUUGGGUCUUCAUUGAUGUGUCAGCCGACAGCACAGUGUUGGGUUUUUCUUGUACCUGUAUCUGCAUUCAGCAUCCUUUUCACUCCACUCCUUUAGCACAUUAUUCCAGGCUGAAGUCCUACAAUGAGGAGAAAUGUUCCCUCCCAGGGGGUGGUGUCAUUUGAGGAUGUGGCUGUGAGCUUCACCCGGGAGGAGUGGCAGGACCUGAAUGUUGCUCAGAGGACCCUGUACCGGGAUGUGAUGCUGGAGACCUACAGUCACCUGGUGUCAGUAGGGCAUUGUGUUACUGAUCCUAAGGUGAGCAUCAGGUUGGAGCAGGGAGUACAGCCAUGGACUUUGGAGAAACCCCCAAACCAGGACCUCUCAGAUGUUUGUACUGUGGAUUACCUCACUAAAACCAACCCUCCAAAUCAGGGAAGACAUUUGUGGCAAGCUUUUACUGCCAACAACAAAAUAUCAACCAACAAGAGAACUGACUUAGGGGAAAAAAGUAAUUUGGACUCAAUUUAUCAUUUGAACUGGGAUAUCAAAAAGGGAAACAUUUCAGCAAUGAUGCCCGAGAACCCUACUAUAUAUAGGACAAUGUUUACUCCUGGUGGGCCUCAUGAAGAGCAUGCUGGAGAGAAUGAGGAGGUCUUUCAUAGAAUUAGGGACUCCAUCAGGUAUCCUGAGCACCUUAGUCAUCAGGUGAUUCAAAAUUUUCUACAGCCUUUUGAAUUUUGUGAGCAAGGGAACGCCUUGAACAAAGACACAAUAUUUAGAAAGGGAGGAAGAAAAUCAGCCCUCACACACCAUCACCAAAUACAUGCUAGAGAGAAACUCUACAAAUACCAAGAGUGUAGAAAAAUGUUUUCCUGGAAAUCAGUCGUCUUUUUACAUCAGGGAAAUCACACUGGAGGGAAACCUUAUAAAUGUCAAGAAUGUGGGAAAACUUUUUCCAGUAAGUCCAUCCUCAUCAUACAUAAGAGAAGUCACACUGAAAAGAAACUCUAUGAAUGUGAAGAGUGUGGGAAAGAUUUCUCCCGGAAGUCAGAUCUUGUUGUACAUCAGAGGACUCACACUGGAGAGAAACCUUAUGAAUGUGAAGAGUGUGGGAAGGCAUUUUCCAGUAAGCCCGCCUUCAACAUACAUCAGAGAAUACACACUGGAAAGGAACCCUAUAAAUGUCAAGAGUGUGGGAAAACUUGUUCCAGUAAUUCCACCCUCUCUAAACAUCAGAGAUGUCAUACUGGAGAGAAACCCUAUGAAUGUCAAGAGUGUAGGAAAGUGUUCUCCCAGAAGUCAGGUCUUGUUGUACAUCAGAGGACUCACACGGGAGAGAAACCUUAUGAAUGUAAAGAGUGUGGGAAAGCAUUUUCCAGUAAGCCCGCCUUCAAUGUACAUCAGAGAAGACACACUGGAGAGAAACCCUAUAAAUGUCAAGAAUGUGGGAAAACUUUUUGCAGUAAUUCAGACAUCAGUAGACAUCAGAGAAGUCACACUGGCGUGAAACCUUACGAAUGUCAAGAGUGUGGGAAAGCAUUUUCCAGUAAGCGCGCCUUCAUUGUACAUCAGAAAAGACACACCGGAGAGGCCCUAUGAAUGUCAAGAGUGUGGGAAAACUUUUUCUGGUAAAUCACACCUGAAGAGGCAUGGCAAAAUCCACACUGGAGAGAAAUGUUAUGAAUGUGAAGAGUGUGGGAAGGCUUUCUACGACAGGUCAGGCCUCUAUGAACAUCAAGUGACUCACACUCGAGAAAAACGGUAUGAAUGUCAAGAGUGUAAGAAGGGUUUCCACCACAGGUCAGGCCUCUCUAGUCAUCGAAAGAUCCACAGAGGAGUGAAGCCCUAUGAAUGUCAAGAGUGUAGGAAAGUGUUCUUCUACAAGUCAUAUCUUGUUGUACAUAAGAGGAUUCACACUGGAGAGAAACCCUAUGAAUGUCAAGAGUGUGGGAAAACUUUUUCCAGUAAUUCUGCCCGCUCUAGACAUCAGAGACGUCAUACUGGAGAGAAACCCUAUGAAUGUUAACUAUAGAAAAACUUUCUCUUCCAAAUCAGCUAUCAGUAAACAUCAGAGAAAUCAUACUGUAGACAAACCUUUUGAAUGUGAAUAGUGUGGGAGAACGUUCUCCAAUAAGUCUGCCCUCAGUAACUAUCACAGAAGGCACACUGUUGACAAACUGUAUGAAUGAUAACACUGGUAAAUCUUUCUCCUGGGUAUCAGGCCUCUAUAUGCAUUCUAGACGUUAGAAUUUACAAAACCUCUAUAGGAAACCUUACUCCUAUAAAUCAGGUGUCACUUGACAGCAGAGAAUUCUCACAAGAGAAUAACCCCAUGGAUGUCAAGAAUGUAGGAGAACUAUUGUGUUGUCGAGAAAGUCAUGUCCUAAUUUUUUUGGUGUGUCCAAAAAUGCAUCUCUCAGAAUUCAAUUGAAUGUAGAUCAAAGAAUUCAUACAGGAGAACUUCUUAUUAAUGUGUGCAGUGUAGGGAGAUGCUCCUGGAGGUUAGCCCUUGGUCUGCCUCUACAGAUAACUCACAGAUGACCUGUGUAUAUGUGGGUAUCCUGAAUGUAAUAAAGCUUUUUACUUCAAACCAAAUGUCACUGUGUAGCAGAGAACUCAAAGGAGAAUAACCCUGUGACUGUCAAUAUUGUAGGGUGGUUUUUUGCCAGAAGGAGCUCACACUGCAUGCGGGUAUCAUACAUGAGAGAAACCCUAUGGGGGAAUGUGUGUAGGGAAAUUAUAUGGAAGUCAAUCUUAAGUAAUAAUAUAAAUUUUACAGAGCAAGGUGACACUGUGGUAGAAAUGGCACAUAUCUGCACAGCAUUUUAAUUCUGUUGGGGGCAGACCUUAUCCUAUAACUGAACUCAGCUCAGGAGUAUGUCAACACAGACAAGGAACUUUAUUUCUCUUUGAAUAUUAUUUCUAUUAUAAAAUGUUUAAAAUAUUCAAACCUGGGUCCUCCCCAGUGGCAGAGCAGGUUGAGCACCGCGCUGUGAAGCUGUCCACAGCUCCUGCAGCACGGGUUCUAUUCCUGGCUGCCAGGGAGUAACCCACACAGCACAGCAGACCUCUCCUGCCUUGACCACUGCUCCCCUUAGCAGUAUCUUUGGUCCAUCUACCUAUUCUGCUCCCCGCUCUGUCUGUGGAGAAUUCUCUCACCCUCCCACACCUCUCACCUGUAUCUCAGUUUUUGUAUAAAUAAAUAAAUCUUUUUAAAAAAAUCAUGAAAAAAAGAAAACAAAAAUGUUCAAACCUAAGAACACAGACUACAUCAUUCAGUUGAGAGUCAUGUGAGCAAACAUGCGGUUUAAAUCACAGUUGCCUGAAAUUACUGAUUCAUUCUUUUCUCCAAGUUCAUGCAGUGAUUAUGUAGCUGUUCCUGUUGCUGUCGCUUCUAGUGUCCACUUAGUUCCUGGCUGAUGCUGUUCAUGUCCACGGUAGCCAUCCUGUCUAUACGGUACAUUGCAUUUUGCAUUGGUAAGUGAUCUCUCUGGGUUCUUCUAAGUUUGUCAUCAUGUUCUGUCCUGUACUCUAAGCCUGUGUGGUGCCAUGGGACUUAGACAAGGUGCCACCAGAAAUGCUGGAAUUGCUCAACACCAAAAUGUCAUUCCAGUAGAAGUUGAGCUGUUAGAUAUUCACUAUAGAUUGAGGUCUACAGCUGUCCUUUAGCUGUAGCCACCUUUCAAGUUAAAGUUUUCAUGGGGCCUCCUUGGUGGCCUAGUGGUUCUGUCUGAGUGCUAUCACCACUGGCUGGAGUUUGAUCCCCAGCCAGGGAGCUGACCCACAGAUGGCCGCAUUAGACCUCGUCUCGCCUGCUGCUCCCCUCAGCAGUGUAUUUCAGUGGAUCCGCCUGUUCUGUUUCCCACUCUUUGUCUGGUGAGCCCUCUCACACCCUGUACCUCUGGCCUACACCCCAGUUAUACAAAAUAAAUGUAUUUUUAAAAUAAAGGAUUCUUUCUUAAAAUUUUCUUACUGAAUUGUUCAUUUUUGUGCAGUAUUUAUUUGCUUUCCUCAUGUACGGUCCCCAUAAAUGUUCCAUCACCACCUCCCCUGUGAACAGUAACCAUAGUCCCUUGUGCUUUUCACUCCCCUGUUUUGUCCCCCCCCACCACCUGUAUGUCUCCCAUCUAUAAUUUGCCUGCUAGUUUUGUCUUUAUUUUUCCUGUGACCUUUUGUUCAGUUUCCCUAUAUUCCUCCUAUAAAUGAAACGAUCCAAUGUUUUUCUUUUUCCUCCUUUCUUCUUUCAGAACAUAAUCCCUUCCAACUCCAUGUUUCUGCAAAUGUCGUGAUUUUAUCUUUUGAUUGCUGAGUAAUAUUCCAUUGUGUAUAGAGACCACAUCUUUUUGAUCCAGUCAUCUAUUUUGGGCAUUUAUGUUGUUUCCUUGUCUUAGCUGUUGUAAAUUAUGUUGCACUAAACAUAGGAAUCCAGGUUUCCUUUUGAAUUCAUGAUUUUGUGUCCUUGGGAUAGAUUCCUAGGAGUGGAAUUGCUGGGUCAUAUGGUCGCUCUAUUUUUAGUAAUUUGUGGAAUUUCCAUGCAGCUUUCCAUGGUGUUCAUUUAAGUGGUGACUGAAGCUAACUAUUAUAAGUGGUGCACCCUGGACGGCAGUGCUGGUGGGCAUGGAUAGCCCCAUGGAAAAUGGUAACAAAGAGUAUCAUUAGGGGGUGCAGACUCUGAUAAGAAAUGUGAAGGUCUGCAGAGGCAGCCCCCAGGAUAUUUGGUGUUUGGGAUUUGGCGUUUUUGGAUCUUAAGCGAUUCUGGGGUCAAAAAUUUCUGCCCCCGCCAUGCCAGUCUUCCAGAAGGCUAUUGUGAGCCUCUGAGGAACGUGGAGAGGCUUCCAGCGGCCAGCCUCAGAGAGGGAAAGUUUGGAGGCUUUCAGUGACUGAGUGACUGAAACUGUUCCCAGCUUUUGCUAAAGUUACUAGCUGGUUGAGAUGGUGAAGACCUGGAGUGGGUGCCUCUAUGACCUGUGUGAGUAUGGCCAUUUUGUCGGGGCUUUUGGCUGCUGCAGCUGCUGUUUUGAGUGUCGCUUCUCUGGUGCAUUGCUGGGGUGUUGGCAGCAGCUGCCUUCCAGGGAGCCAGAGUUCUCUGGGAGUACCUGUUUACUCUGCAUAUGGAGUUCCAGGAUGUUAGAAGUUCUGCAAACAGAACUACUUUCCAGAAUUGACUGCUGUUCUCUGAGGACGUACUGGCUUGUGUGCAUGAUCCCUACUAAGAAGAUAAGCUUGAUCCAGCAGUAACUUACUAAUCUGUAUUAUCGUAAACACAAUUGCAUGCUAUUUUUUGCUUCUUUGUUCAUAUCUUUAAUAAAAGCUUGAGCCUGGAGGGUGAAAGGCAGAGCUGCUCUCGAUGGCUCUCCCUAGCCUACCCCCACUGCAGAUUCAUUUAGACUCCAAGUCCUGUUAAGGGCAGAGAACUUGAUUGGCUGUCUGGCUGUCCGCAGCACUGGGGCAUCAUGGCAGCUCAGGGGAUCAUUUCCUGCUGUGUCUUCUGUUGUCUUUAUGAGUUGGAACCGGGCAUGUAGUCUGGCUGCCGUGUGCUCAGGUCCACAGUGGCAAGAAGAUGCCAUUUUGGGACUGUGGCCUAUUGUUCAGGAGAGGAGCUCCGUGUCCUCAGUGGUGGGCGAUGUCAUUUUUGGAGUGUUUGUGUUUAGGACUUUUAAAAACACUUGGACACUACUUUGGGUAAGGUGAGUGGCCAUUUUUGGCCUCAGUAACUCUGUUUUUCCUGGUUUGUUAAAGUAAAUCCCAUUGUUAUUCUCUGAACUUGAGUAGUCUUGCAAUUGUGUGCCUGGGUGAAGAACUCAAGACUGAUGAACUAUUUGGGCAGUGCCUUCAUCAGUUUAGUGUCCCUUGCUGCCCUGUGUCAGCUGAACCAGGUUGCAUUCCCACCAGCAGUGUAAGAGGCUCCUUUUUCUUCACAUUUUCACCAGCAUUUGUUGU